AUGACAAUCAGCGCAUCCCACCUGCUUUAUCUGCAGCCCAGAGUCCGUGAACACAACAAGUUAGCAGCCCUACACCUGGAUCGCGCAUUAUCGGGCUUCAGAGCAAGUUUGAGUGGCCUGUAUCUACCACAGGCCCAAUACGAUGUUGUGAUCGCGUGUGACUUCAUCUUACUCUACUAUGCCUGGUCAGUGCCAUUCUUCAAUGCGUCUGAUGAAGACUCGACAAGGAUCGAAUCGGAUGGGCUAUUGUGGUUUGCAGCUGGUAUCAAGACUGUCAUUGUAACUAUAUACAAAAUGAAACCCAGGGACAAACCCGUCAAGUCCUUUUACAGGUGGUCCGAACAGACGAACUUUUCGUACGACUUCGGACACCACUUUAUCGACCAGUCACAAGCUCCGGUUCGACACCCGGACCUUGCCUGCGUUGCGGGCUGCGGAAGUGUCAACGCCGCGGAGCGGCUCGGGCCCGUCUUCCACGCACUUGAUGCCACUAGACAGGGCGAAGACAUCUCUGUGAUAAUGCCGGCUGUCGUGACAUACAUGCUCAUGUGGCCCUCGAAAGCCAUGCAGGACUUUCAAGACGAGAUCAAAAGGGGGGAUCGCAGGGCGUUGAUUACCAUGCUCAGUUUCUACGCGAGCAGUUGGAAACUCCUGUCGGGGAGGGCUUGGUGGGCACAUCAUCGCUCAAAAGUCAUGUGCACUGAGAUUUUAGAUUGUCUUGACAGCAAAGGGCCGAGCAUCUGGGAUCAAAAUGUUCUGAAUAUAACGGAAUAUUUUGGAUUCAACAAAAACGCGGAGGGGAUCUGGGAAACUGGGUCCUCAAAUCUAAGCAUGUGGCCAGCUUAG